AUUCCUAUCCAUCUUUAUGAACGAACAAACUCUAGGUCGUCCACCUUCCUACAUCUCUAAUCAACCGUUAUAACGAAUAAUCUUAAAAAUGAGUCAAUUUUCUUUCUGAACACACCUCCAUUCUGUUCUUUAUACUCGGCAUAGUUUUAGUCCACGUUUCUUUCAAAGACAAAAGAAAGAAAAGCAGGCCGACUUGAUUAAUUCGUAAUAAAAGCAUCGACUUCGACUUGUACAAGGGUGUAUUCCAUAUAUUCAAACAGUGGAACAUUCUCAAGAGUCAGAAGUUCAAUAAGUGGUGUGAUUUUAAAAUUCAGACCUCUAGAACACAUUCCAUGAAUUCUAAAGUAAAGUCGAUUCGAAUCGUCAUGAAAGAAACUGAUGAUAAUGUAGACCUAGCAGAGGGGACGAAGACGGUACAGGGUGGUGGAGUUGGGGUUUCAGAACGAAGCAGGACGUGUCGGGGUCAGAGACGAGUUCAUUCAGUGUCGCGUGGUUGGUCGACUACACAUUCUUCUUUCUUCAUCUAACCCCUAUACCCCUCCUUUUCGAUAGCUGCACUCUCCUCCUCCUUUGAGGUGAUUUCCAAGCAACCAGGAGGAACGGGUUGGUCGAUGAGGAUUAAGCAGCUUCGCGAACUUGUCUCUGUUUGCGCUGAACCCGCAGCACACGUGCGCCGUCACGGCGACGAGACGCGUUUCUAGGCGGCUUAACGUGGUCUGGUUUCGCCGCGACGCUUUCGAUCGACGUACCAGAGCUGGGUCGACGCUCAGCAAACUACCAUUGACGAACGGUGCGCGGAUACUUUGCUCGAAUCUUCGUCGACGUCUACGAAGAUCCUGAAGUCUGCUGGACAUUUCUAUUCUUCCCAGGCGUAUACACAGCUCCACGUUUCAUGGUGACAGAGGAUGAUAAAGGGGCGACUGACCUGAAAAGAAGAGGCUGUGUCUGAAGGAUCAGGAUAGAAAGAAAAAGGUGGAUACGUGACGGAGCAUUGCGCGAACUGUCGAGCGACGAGCACGACGAGGGACGAUCUAAAUCCAUGAGGGCUAUCCACCACGCUCGGCUGCUCCGUUCCCCACGCUGGUAUGCCCCUCCUUCUUCGAUUCGCCAGGACGUCAGCUGGAACUUGCGUGGUGCGUUCUGGGUGUGCAGCGUGCCGCUGCAGCUUCUAGUCCAUUGUCACGAUCCGAAAGACGAUACGAACUGAAAGAGAAAAGGAAAGUCAACGGUGAAAGGAAUCCAUUAUCAAACUGUAUCCUCGUCAGACAGUGUCAUCGUUAUCGCGUUUCGUUGAACCGAUUAACAACGGAGUACACUGAUAAUUCAUGGAUCGUCCCUGCUAAAUCAGCCAGUGUGAACAAGCGUGAUUUUGUGCAUCGAAAAAAAAGACUAUCCUGAUCUACUUGUAACCGAUACAUCGCGGAUGCGCUCGAUCGUCGUCCAGGCUGUCGCGUGUUCUCGCGCUUCAGCGUGAUCGGGAGCGACCGGCACCAGGCUGCCUUUCCUCGAUUCAGUGGCAAUCGUCGACGAAACGUCGGUGCGACGAGCCGGUGCGACAAGAAGCGACGGAGUACUGUCAACUUUGUGAAUCGUUCACCCAUAGGACACGUCAGUCUUCCGGAUCGUAGAGCGAGCCGAUACCGAGAUCGGUGCACAGUGAAGAUCGGAUGUGGUGGACGUGCCGUUUAGCUGGAGGAACGACAGUGCUAGUAUCGGUGGUAGCCGCGUGUACAGACGAGCUGGCACGUGAAAGGUUAUAUUGGAUGAACAGGGGAGAUUGUCGGUGAUGGACAAUGAGCAGCCGCAUCAGGAACUGGUCAAGUGCGUGGUCGUGGGCGACACCGCAGUUGGAAAGACCAGACUGAUCUGCGCGAGAGCCUGCAACAAACACGUGUCUCUCUCGCAACUGUUGACGACUCACGUGCCCACCGUCUGGGCUAUCGAUCAGUACAGAAUCUACAAGGAUGUCUUAGAACGAUCCUGGGAAGUAGUCGACAACGUGAACGUUUCUCUGCGUCUCUGGGACACGUUUGGCGACCACGAGAAGGACCGACGUUUCGCAUACGGAAGAUCAGACGUAGUGUUACUAUGUUUCUCCAUAACGAAUCCCGUUUCUCUGCGGAACUGCAAAGCGAUGUGGUAUCCGGAGAUAAGAAGAUUCUGCCCUCAGACACCGGUAUUGCUGGUGGGAUGCAAGAACGACCUGCGGUACAUGUAUCGAGACGAAACUUAUCUCAGCUAUUUUCGAGAUCGCAGUCCAUUCGUGAGGGCGACGAGGAAGAGCGAUCUGGUGAUGCCUGAUCAGGCUCGCGCCGUCGCGCGUGAACUCGGUGUCUGCUACUACGAGACCAGCGUCUUCACCUAUUACGGGGUCAACGAAGUCUUCGAGAACUCGAUCCGUGCUGCUCUGAUCGCUCGUCGCCAACAACGAUUCUGGAUGACGAACCUGAAGAGGGUGCAGAGACCUUUGCUGCAGGCACCGUUCUGUCCACCGAAACCAGUCCCACCGGAAGUAUGUCUCGCGGUAAGCACCUACGAGGAGAACAUGAGGACGCUGUGGACGAAGCCGGUUCACACCGACGUGACUUUGAUAGCCGGUAAUUGCACGUUCUCGGCACAUCGGUGUCUUCUAGCUGCCGCAUCGCCGGCGUUCCAUCGACUCUUCUCCACGGAAUUGAUCCAGGAACAGACGCCCAGAAGUUCCAGCGAAUCCAGCAUGGUGAGUACAUUUGGCGAAGCAACGGUGGGUGAUUUCAACGAGGACACCGAGUGCCUGAUACGUAUCGAUCAAUCAAAACCCACAAAAGUUUGGGAACAACUGAAGCGUCGCUCGAGCUUCCAAGUACUGCCCACGAUGGAUAACCAGAGGAAAUCAAACGGUGCGACCAGGGAACUCAAUCAUCCUGCCUUUCAGAACAUCCGUGUGUGCCUGACUGAGAAUACGAACGGAAUGCAACAACCAACUACCGUGGUGACGCUGUCCAAGUUAAUCACGCCACAGGCAAUGCAGCAAUGCCUGCAGUUCAUUUACACGGGCAGUUUGGAUAAACGGUAUCAUGAUCUACAAACAGCUCCUAUCGGGCUUCUACUGGAAAUCAGGCAAGCAGCAGAAUUCUUGGAGCUUCCGCAGUUACUGAUGGUACUUGGAAGUAUCCAAACAAGAGAACAGUUCAAUAGUGACCUCAAUAAUCGGUACAAGCAGGUAGUGAGGCAGCGACUCGAAGAUAUUUGCCUGGAACACGGACUGUUCGCCGAUGUGGUGUUCGAGUUGGACGAUGGAAGCGUGCCAGCCCACAAGGCGAUUCUUACUGCCCGAUGCGACGUUAUGAAGGCGAUGUUCUCUGGCGAUUUCCGCGAAAGUAGCGCAAAAGUGAUAGUGUUUCCUGGAGUACGCGAGUACACGUUCCACAAACUGCUCUGUUAUCUGUACACGGACGAGGUGCCAGCAAUUUCCUCUGCCAGAUGCUUGAAUCUACUUGAACUGGCGAAUCGCCUCUGUUUGCAACGACUGGUUAACCUGGUCGAGAGCAGGGUAAUCGAAGAUCUCGAGAGGCUGUCGCAGAACGAGGGAAACGAGGCUGUGGAGAAUUGCCUGAGGCUACUGGAGCCGUGCAAGUUACACAACGCUGAUCAGCUGGCAGAUUGGUGCAUGAACCAUCUGUGCGUGAAUUACAAUAAGCUGUGUAAGAUGUCCCCCCGGAGUGUCCGUCUUCUUCAUCCGGAGAACCAGGAGUAUUUGAACGAGCAUCGGUGGCCUCCAGUAUGGUAUUUAAAAGACUACGAUUAUUACCAAAAAUGCCUGGCGGAACGGGACCGCGAGAACAAACCGACGUUGAAGAGGAAUCGCAAUCAGUCCGGAUGUCUGUGCUUCUCUGGCUCUAGCAAGACGAGAAGAGAAGGUUCCAGCAACGGUAGCGGCACAACAUCGUCGGCGAACAACGAUCCACAAGCUGAACGACCAUUGUUCGACUCAUCCAUAGAAUCUGGUGACCAGGUUGUAUGACAAGAGCCAAGCGGCAUUCGCCGCUCGGUCAGAUUCAUUCUGGUCCUACCUGUGCUCAUGGUCUUCAUAUGCACCAUUUUUACUAUUUUGAUACUGCUACAGAUUUAUACUUAAGGAAAGGUAUACGCUGACAAGACAAUGAUCUAAUGCACAUACAAGGUAUACACACCUGUUACUAAAGUGUACCACGAUGAAGCCUGUGUGUACUUGAAACAGGCUUCGCGUUCUUUAUCCAUUUUUCUCGUAUGCAACAGGGAUGAGAGUCUCUCCCUUGAUGCAUAUUUCUUUCUUUUUUCUUCCCUAAAAUGAUACGCUCGAUUAAAGCGUAGAUUUUUUUAACAUCGAUACACGGUGCAGCUAUAUUUUUUUCUAUGCGAACACAGUUCCAACGAAGGUAACGUUAAGCGAACUUACCGUUUAUACUUGUACGUUGUCGAACUGCUGUAAUCCUUUUUAAAGUAACUUCCUAACGGACGUCCAUCGUUUUUAAAGAAAAACAAGCUGGUGCCUUUUGUUGAUAACUCGUCGUUACCCACUAGACAGACCAUCAAGCGUAACAUUGACCAUCUGAAAGAGAGGUUUCAACAUCUUCUCCUCGUGUGUAACGCAAGAGAAAAAGACGAGUUACGAUGCCGAUUUCGACGAUAUGCUUUCUUCGGAAUACCUUGCAUUUGAUUGUCCGUUAACACUGACAAUGGAAAUAUUUUUAAUUGUUCGUCUACUUUGAUCACGUGAAAUAUAUACAGAUUACUUCGGUUACUGUCCAGAAUAUUCAGGCUUUCAUGGUUAAUAGUGUUUUAAAACAAUAUAUGAAAACAUUCAAGAGCUUCAGACAUUAUUAACCAUUUUGAUAAUUAUUGUUACCUUUUUUUCUUCCUUCUCUCUAUAAUUCUAAUUUUGCAAACUAUUAUACGAAGUAAAAAAGGGAUAUAGAAAAGGUGACAAAACAUUGAAAUCAGAACGAGCCACUGAAGCAAAAAAUUUCUCCAACAGACGAUAACGAUCGGCGUAAUUUUAUCGAUGCGUGUUAGACUGAAGAAAACGAGCAAUAGCUUUAGUUGAUAGUAAAGCGUAAAGUAUUAAGCGGUACAUAUAUAGUUAUGUAAGGAUAUAAGACAGCGUACGUGAACCUCUCUCGAGCCGUAAACUAUUAUUACACAAAUCAACGCGAAUUUUUACAUCGUUUGUAAGAUUAUUCGACAACGUAUACUCCCCUCCAUCUCUUCGGUUUUCCUUCGACGAGUAAGGUUACAGCUUCUUCGAAUCGUUAGAAGACUUUCUCGUAUUUGUACUGUUUUCUAAUCACCUACGGUUUAAGCGAAUUAUCCUCGUCGAUUGUCGAUUACCUUCGAACGACAAAAAAAAAGGGAACGUGCAGUUCGAUCGACGCAGGCAGAGAUCGUCCAAUACAUAACUGCAACAUAUCGAUCACGGUAAUGGGUUACUGCUAGAAUUACUCUUCGCGACUACAUCGGUAAGAAUAAUUAAUAACUAGAUAAAGGGAGAGCGGGAGAGAAUCGAUUAUGUUUGUAAGAAGUAUACAUCAGGUGUAUCUAAUGUUCAUAGGAUAUAGAAUGAUGUUAUAUCAAAUAUAUUUCAAUAUAAGAGCGAAUCCUUGGGUACCUUGUAUAUUUUCUGAACAAUUUCAUACUUUUUAAAUGCACAAAUUAACGGUCCUCGUGCGUCGAAGAAGCGUAACCUUUUUGUAAUCCCAUUGUGAUCGGUUCAACUACAUGUAACAUUAGUGGUCGUUAUUGUAGGCCUCUUGAUAUUUUUUAGUAGUCGAUUAUCACAAAUAUUAUCGUUACUCAUACCGUACAUUAUUGCGUGUUAAAAGUAUACUUGGAAGGAUUGAACGAAUGAAACGAUUUGAGAGAAAGAAAUGAAAAAUAAAGAAAACAUGCGGUGAACGACUGAAAGAAGCGACGUAUGUGUUUUGACAUCCAUAAUUCUAGAUUUUAUAUUUUGUGUAUACAAUGAACAUUCGUUUUUUCACGAGCUUUCAAAUAAUUUGUAAUAUUUCGAGCUGUUUAAAAUAUUAUUCGAAUUGAACGUAAGUUCAACAUUCUAUCAAAUAUUCAGGAUAAUUCGAUCGCUACAUUUAGAUACGCGUCAAAUAAUUGAACAUAUAGAAUGAACGCAUACACAGUCACAAAAAAAAAAAAGCGUUACUGCCCACUAUGCAGGAAGUUCUGUUACGAAAACGACGUAUGCCAAAGAGUGUUUGUUCCGGUGAGGGUAAGAAUAACGUCCCACUUGUACGCUACGUCAAUUUCAAUGUCAAUGUUAUUCUUCGUCGCUCUUAAAUGUAUAUUUUAUACUGAAAUUGGUAAUCAUAGAAUUAAGGAUACAACCGUAUAUGCGGUUGCAGAUAUGGAACGAUAAGGGGCAUCAAUUUUCGCACGUAUUUUAAUCGAAGUUAUCUUGUGACGCGUAAAAAAAAUGUUAAGUUCAAUACUUAUUCAAGGCAUUUGCGAGCGCUUAGAGUUCAACACUUAUAAAUAUUUCAUAAUUAACAUUAUAUUUAUCACAAAGAUAACUUAAAUUCAUACGUAGAAGUAUUUCUUAUCCUUAUAUUUCAAUAAUUCCUCGACUAUUCGGGGUAUUUACGUCCAUCUUGUGUUUCUUCACUUUAAAUUCAAUGUUUUAGCUUCCCGCGCUCGCAAAGCCGUUGGUCCUGACCCCCUGAGGUAUCGUUGCGACAUAUGUUUUGUAACGAUAAUCAAAUCGAUCAAUUUAAUUGAUUUAUAAUCAACACGAUGGAAAAUAUUAUGGUCGUAUGCUAAAGUUUAAGCAUAAACAUCAAUUAAUAAAUAAUAAAAUUACAUGAACA